UCUCUUUAAGGAGACUGAAAAGUUGCUCCUGACCUGAGAAAACCCUGAAUUUAUGUUAUCCCAAACCAAGACUGGAAACACAUACACCUGAGCUCAACUGUGCCAUAAGAAACUAUGCUUGGACUUGACUUAACUAUCUGUUUCAAGCUCUUGAAGAGUGCUUUUGUCAAAACCACAAUCUUUAUGAAUAUAGACAUGAGUCAGUCUACUGAGUUGAACAGAAUGUGCAUGUCUUGUUUACACGUGUCUUGAUCAAACUGGUCUACACAAGGUCCAAUAAAAACAUACAGUUGAAUUUGAGCAGGGGCAAGUAGUAGCAAAAUCAGACUCAAGCAGAGGUAGAAGUCUGGAAUAAUCAUGCUGAGUGGGAACAGAUUAAAAACAGACCUUUUCUGCAUGAGAGCCUCAGUAAACUACAAACAACCCUACUUUACCUGGCAGUGUUGCAGGUUGUUUGAGUCAAUGCUCUGCUAACUGUGCUGAUAUCAGCUGGUGCAACCUUUCAUUUUGGAUGACCUUCUCCUUCAAGUGUCCACCAUCAGCCACAAGCAGUGAUCCACCAAGCAUCACUCGAACCGUGCAUGUCCCUGCAGCCUAUCAGCGCGCAACUGGCCGGGAGUGUGUUUCUUUAAGAAUGUUAAGGUGGGUGAGCCCCUUUUCCUGACGCACGCCUGGUAUGCAAACAUAAAUUUAGCAGCAACGUGUUUGCUGGGGGAACAAAAUAUCUGGAAGCGACCGUGAAGUGUCAUGUCGUCUCCGGCAGUUCUUGGCUGACUCUUACCUUUCUUUUCCCUGUACCCUGUAAACUGGAGCCGGAGCGCAGCGCAGAGCGGAGGGAAGAGGAGAGGAGAGGAGAGCGGACCCAUUUCUCUCUGAGUGACUGGGCAGACUGGGACACACACGGACAGAUAGAGAGCGGGCAGUCAGAGUUGUCUCUCUACACUUUGAUACUACACUGAAUUUAUCGGCGUCAGAGAUGACAGGGGGCUGUUUGUGGACGACUGGGCUGCUGCUUCUUGUUUGUGUGAAGGUUGCUGUGUGGGCCAACGAUGGGGAUGCAGUGUUCAUCCGAGAAUUCACUCUGAUUCGACGAGACCACCUCCCAGAGGAGCCUCUCCAUGACAGCAGCCAAAAACCAGAAGACCCGAGCUCACGGACGGCCCGGUCAGAAGAGGACAGAGACACGCUGUGGGACGCCUGGGGCUCGUGGAGCGAAUGUUCCCGUACCUGUGGAGGAGGAGCCUCGUACUCCCUCCGACGAUGCCUCAGCUCCAAGACCUGUGAAGGGCAGAAUAUCAAAUAUCGCACAUGCAGUAAUGUGGACUGUCCUCCAGAAACUGGUGAUUUCCGUGCCCAGCAGUGUUCGGCUCACGCAGACGUGCGAUACCAGGGUCAGUACCAUGAGUGGCUGCCUGUGUACAAUGACCCAGACAACCCCUGCGCUCUCAAGUGCAAAGCCAACGGUUCUGGCCUUGUGGUGGAGCUGGCGCCCAAGGUGCUGGACGGGACUCGUUGCUACACCGAGUCCUUGGAUAUGUGCAUCAGUGGAGUCUGCCAGAUUGUAGGUUGUGAUCAUGAGCUGGGGAGCACAGCAAAGGAGGACAACUGUGGCGUCUGCAGUGGAGAUGGCUCAUCCUGCCGACUUGUGCGAGGACACUACAAAUCCCAGCACGCUUCAGGAAAAACUGAGGACACAGUUGUCGUCAUCCCCUAUAAGAGUCGUCAUGUGCGUCUGGUUCUGAAAGGCCCGGAUCACUUGUAUGUGGAGAGUAAGACUCUACAAGGGGUGAAAGGUGAACUGGACUUAGAUACAUCUGGCCAGUUCCACCUGGAGAACACCACCUUAGACUACCAGAAGCUCUCUGAUAAGGAGAUCCUGAGAAUCACUGGCCCACUUGGAGCUGACUUCACUGUCAAAGUACAGUUUGCCACUGGAGCAGACAGCGUGAUUCAGUACAUCUACUACCAGCCCAUCAUCCACCGCUGGAGAGAGACUGAUUUCUUCCCUUGCUCUGUCACAUGUGGUGGAGGUUACCAGCUAACCUCAGCAGAGUGCUUUGACCUACGGAGCGGCCGGGUGGUUGUGGAUCAGUACUGCCAUUAUUACCCAGAGAACGUCAAACCUAAACCCAAACUCCAGGAGUGCAACAUGGAGCCCUGCCUGGCCAGUGAUGGCUACAAGCAAAUUAUGCCAUAUGACCUCUACCACCCUCUGCCCCGGUGGGAGAGCAGUCCCUGGACCGCCUGCUCCACCUCCUGCGGCGGGGGUAUCCAGAGUCGCUCUGUGUCCUGUGUGGAGGAGGACAUGCAGGGAACCAUCACCGCCACUGAGGAGUGGAAGUGUCUGUACUCCCCAAAGACAGCCAUCCUGCAGCCCUGCAACACCUUCGACUGCCCCACCUGGCUGGCACAGGAGUGGUCACCUUGCACGGUGACCUGCGGUCAGGGUCUGCGCUACAGGGUGGUGUUAUGCAUCGAUCACCGGGGACUCCACGCUGGAGGCUGCAACCCCACCACCAAACCUCACAUCAAGGAGGAGUGCCUGGCGACUGUGCCCUGCUACAAGUCCAUAGAUACACUCCCAGUUGAGGCAAAACCUGUGUGGCAUAAGCAGGCCAUAGAGCUGGAGGAAGAGAUCACUGUAACUGAAGAACCAACCUUCAUCCCUGGUCCCUGGCAGCCCUGCAGCCAAACAUGCGGCGCCGGAACCCAGCAACGGACCGUCAAGUGCCAGGUGUUGCUGUCCUUCUCCCAGACUGUCGCUGACCUGCCCGAUGACGAGUGCGGAGGGGUCAAACCUGCUUCGAUUCAACCCUGCUACCGCACUCCCUGCUCUGGUGUUUCGGGCCAAGGAAAAGAAAACAAAAAGGAGGGGGAGGAAGAAGAGGAGGAAGAGGAGGGGGAGACACCUGAAAGAGAGGAACUGCACGACUGGGAAUAUGAAGGGUUUACAGAGUGCUCAGAGAGUUGUGGGGGAGGUGUGCAGGAGGCUGUGGUGAUCUGUCUUAACAAGCAGACCAGGGAGGCAGCAGACCAGAGCCUGUGUGUGAGCUCCCGUCGGCCCCCGCAACUCCUCCAGGACUGCAAAACUCAGCCCUGCCCACCCAGGUGGGAAACAGGUGAGUGGAGUUCAUGCUCCGCUACCUGUGGGGUUGGUCUGAUGACCCGCACUGUGGCUUGUACUCACCGGCCCUCUCGUGACAGUAACCGGACUGAGGUUUUGAGGGAUGAAGAAUGUCAAAAUCCUAAGCCAAGUCCUGUCCAAGCCUGCAACCGCUUUGACUGCCCUCCUAUGUGGGACAAAAAUGACUGGGGACAGUGCUCGCAGAGCUGCGGUGGUGGAGUUCAAAAGAGGCAGGUCCUGUGCAAACAGCGGCUGGCAGAUGGAAGCAUCCUGGAGCUCCCUGACACUUUUUGCCCUUCCAAAAGCCCUGCAAACCAGCAGCCCUGUGCCAAGCAAGAGUGCCCACCUCACUGGGUCACAACCAACUGGUCCCAGUGUUCUGUGUCCUGUGGAAAUGGAAUUCAGACUCUACAAGCCAUCUGCAGGAAACAGGGGGAGGAUGGGCGAUAUUGGACCAUAGACCCUAAGAACUGUUCCCUAAUUGCUCGGCCCACCAGAAUCAGACCAUGCUCCCUCAGACUCUGUGAGAACUCUAUCAAGCCCAAUCCCACCAUACUGGCCCAGAGGAAGGUUUAUAUCCAGUGGAGGAAGGGCAAAAAGCUACAGUUGGUAGUGGGAGGCUAUGGCUACCUCUUGCCCUGGACAACUGUGGUCCUCCGCUGCCCAACCCGCCACUUCCGCAAAGGCCACAUUCGAUGGUUGAAGGAAGGCAAGCCCCUGGUCAGCCUACCACACCUCUCCAUAACGCCACUGGGAUAUGUGAAGAUUCAGCAGGUUCGUGCAUCUGAUGCUGGGAUUUACACUUGCAUUGCAGGCCAAGCACAAGAACAUUUUGUCCUGCAGAUUAUUGGCAGCAAGCAGAAGCUCUCUGUUUCAGAGUCGUGGCUCCUCGCAAAUGGACAACAAAAGGUCAGGCAGCCAGACGUGGCCUCAGCAGGAGAGAGAUUUCAGGAGCUACCCAUCUCUCUCAACCAAUAUGACAGUAUAGUUGAGCAUUUGCUUGAACUCAAAAGCUCUGUCCAAGAUGAAAAAGACAUUACAGAGAAACCACACUCCAGUGAAAGGAACAGGUCAACCCUGGAAGAUGAGAGAGCGAGCGCAGAAUUAUCCAGCCCGGUCGUACUCAUUGCUGAUACCCACAGGCUAGAUGAGAUCACGCACAACCUCUCAGAAGGCCUUGGAGGACCACACGGGGAACAACUCAUUGCUCAGUUGCUCAGUGAGCUCACAAUGACGCAAGGUGAAACAAAUGACUCCACUCUUCACCCUCCAGAAAGUGCGGAAUCUUCCACGCAAGAGCCCCUUCUUUAUAAACCGAAAGCCCACACAACCAGGUCCAGAAAUCCAGUGAUAAUCCAACGGCCUAGGAAGGUUGGGGCAGUGCCGUCAUCUGAAAUGAUAGUUCAUGUGGGAUUGCCAGCUUUGCUGCAGAAACCAGUUGCUAGUUUGGAGUUGAGAUGUGAGGCACUGGGGAACCCAGAACCAUCCCUAACAUGGACAAAGAACGGAAAAGAGUUGCUCUACAAUAGCAGAGUAGGCCUGUUGCCCACCGGCUCACUUAGGAUUCAGUCUCCAAGCAAAGUGGACGAGGGUUUGUACACCUGCACUGCCAGGAAUCGUCUUGGAUCCACAUCUCUUUCGUCUUGGCUGCAGAUUACAGGUGGCAAAGGAAGAAAUUGUGUCCAAGGGAACAGUAUGGGAGCAAAUGGUCCUAUUUGCUCUGAGAGGAGUAACAGCAGCCAGUCAGCAGAGAUGUGCCAUGGACAACGCUGUCCCCUCAGGUGGAGAGUGGACCCUUGGUCACCAUGUUCAGCCACUUGUGGAGGUGGGUCCCAGACCAGGACUGUCCGCUGUAUGAGGGGACCUGAGGGCAGGUCAAGAGAGGUGGAGAGCCAGCUCUGCCUCGACACAGGCAGGAGACCCUCUGACAGCAGGCUGUGCAACCUUCUGCCCUGUGCCAGAUGGGCCACGACCUCUUGGGGGCCAUGUCAUGGUCAGUGUGUAGGUCCCAGUUUGGCCACACAGCACCGCCAUGUUUACUGCCAAAAUACAAAUGGUACCAAAGUCCCCUACAGGAUGUGCAGUGGACUCCACAGGCCCAGCUCUCUGAAGAAUUGCUCCACAGAGGGCUGUGCCCUUCACUGGCGCAUAGGGCCGUGGACGCAGUGCACUGCCACCUGUGGACGACACGGUUUCCAGUCACGCCAGGUGACCUGCGCGCACCGUCGAACUGGCAAGGCUACACGUGAACAUCACUGCAUGUGGAGGCCUCGCCCUUCCAGUUGGCAGCGAUGCAAUAUUUUGUCGUGUGGAAGAGCAGGAGAGUGUCGAGACAGCACGAGGUACUGUGAGAAGGUUCGACAGCUGGAGCUCUGCCCGCUGCCUCAGUUUAAGAGUCGCUGCUGUCACUCCUGCCGAAACACCUGAGACAGGGGGAACAUGAGAUGAGGACUGUGGACGACCUGGAUAGGAAGGUGCCAACAGAGACUUGAAACCUCUAUGCCCCAUCCUAACGCCAACAACUGUCUUCGCUGAACGGUUUUUGGGUGGGGAUAACUUAGUGUAGAGGAAUGUUUUGGAUGGUCAUACCUGGGGUGGCUGUGAUCAACUUUCCUUAAAGAUGACAUGUGUGGGUUUGAAUUAGAAAGUAUUGUUUUGAGAGGAGUGACAUUUUUGCUAAUGAAGGCUUCAGUUUUACUUCUUUUUUUUUAAUCUGAAGUUCUUGUUUAACAGCUUUCCUAAAUUAUGCAAAAGUGAUUGAGACAUAUUUCCAUUGUGAGUAAUAGAAACUUGUGGUGACUGCAUGGUUUCAUAAAGAGGAAAGAGGCGUUAUACCAGACCUGUUAUCAUUAGUGAUGUUGUUUCAGGACUUUCCCUAAACAAAAAACAAGCAAAAAAAAACCCCAUCACGUUCUACUGUAGUACUAUUAUUUCAUGUUCCAAACAGGGUGCACAGUAUCAUGCAAUUAGCAUACAACAGCACUAGCAUACAAUAGACAUAUAUGUGAUUAAUAAACUUUUGAAAUUGACUGACAUCAUACCAAGGGAUUCUGGGCAGACCCCUGAGUUUGUGAUAACCACUGGAUAGUUGUAUGUUUGCCUUUGCAAUGGUCUCCAAAACAGUGUUGUUAAAUAGUUUAGUUGCUAAAUAGACUUUGAUUAAUGUGGUGUGGGUAAACUCAUUUAAAACUGAAAACUGAAAUAUAGUACUGCAUAUAAAUGGGAAAUAGCUAACACUAAAAGUCUAAUAUUUGAUAAAUGGUAUACAUUUGGUAUUAGCCACCUGGGAAAAAGAUCACGAUCUGUGCCACCAUUUUGGGUCAUUUAGCAUGUGUUGACAGCGGUGAUUGGUCGAGUCAUUUAAAGAGGAAAGGAAUUAGGAUUGCAGAUGUUUUUACUGCAUUUUUUGGCAGAAUAGAAAGUAAGACAUGAUAAAGAUAUAUCUUGCAUGGAUUGCACUAACGGAGGUAUGUGACUGAAGCAAGUCAGUUUUUGGAAAAAGACACUUAAUUUUGCACUCAACUCAUCCAAGUCUUUGUUAAGAACAUGGCUUGUAGAGUUUUUUUUUUUUUUUAUCUAGUUUUUAAGGUUACAUUGUUUAUAUAUUUUGUUUUCUGAUUCUGAUAUUUCUUGGAAAGAUAUUUGUUAAAAUGUCCCUUUAACCACUUUGCGACAUUGCAUCACGUUUAAACCGUGGGCGGAGCAUAAUUGCCAUGUCAUCCUGUCCACCAAAUUAAAUUUUUGCAAUAUUUUGACAUUUUAGGUGGAAAAACAGACUUAUAUUUCAAAGGUCUUCUGUAAUUCGUCUCCUAGGACAGAUUUCAGUGUCAGUUGAACUUCAAAUAUGUAAAUAUGACCUCUUAUGUCAUAUUCAAAUAUUGGUUAAAACAGUUGGGAACUUUUUAGAGAUCAUAAUUAAUGUACCACAGUUACAUUAUUACAUUAUUGUAAUGGGUUUGCACUUUUGAUAAUAUUUUCUGGGUUUCGCCAUGCUUCAUCAUCAAGUGUAACACAUACCUUAGCAGGAGACUACUUGGCCUUUCAUUGAGGUGUGAUUAUUUGAUUUUUAUGAGAGGAAAACAUCAUUAACAUGUUACAUAUGCUCUUAACUUAUGUAGACAUUUGUCUUUUAACUAUUUAUUUUAAUGUGUGUUGUUGUGCAUACUUUUGUAAAUAAUUACAGGGGCAGGUUUGAAGUAUUCAUUUCCCAACAGCUGAUAGUAUUUGAUGUGCAUGCAAUGGGGACCCUCUGCUGGUGACUUCAUGUGUUGCUCUCUGCUCAUGUCUGGUUUAUCAUUAAAUAAAACCAAAUACAUUCCUUUCAUAA